AUUUAGGUUAGGGUACAAUUUACAUUAUAUUAUUCUAUAUACUUACUGUGAUUUUCAUUUUCUGUGAUGUCACAAUCUGGAGAUGAAGCUGAUUGUUACGAAGACAAUAUCAAUUAUGAUGAAGCAUUCAAAACCACUGAGGAUGCAGUUUUUAUACCAAAUAUUAAACCAACAGAGUUGCAUGAGAGAUUCCAGCAAUUUGUGAGGUCGAAUAAUGCUUCACGUAACAACAGCAUUGACUGGGAGAAAGGUAACUCUAUUCUGGAGGAGUUAAGUUCUAGUUUCACUUCAGAAACGCGUUUUUCUAGCCAAACUACAGACAGCUCCUUAAGUGAGGAGGAGGUGAAUGAAAUUGUGCGGAAAAAUAAGAAUCUACAGCAACAAGUGAAGGAGCUAAAGGAGAAGGAUGCUCAGAUGUUUCGGCAAGUGGAGUUGGCGGAAGAUGAGACUGAACGGCUUAGAACGGAGCAAGCGAAGCUGCAAUUCGAGCUAAAAAACUGUCAGGAACUUAUGAAGGGUAGAGAAAAGCUGCAUAUUGAAGUUGGGCAACUGCAGCUUGAUCUUGAUAAAGUAAUUGAUGAAAAAGCUGAGCUCGAAAGUGAGGUUAGGAGGUUUAAAAAAGAGGAAGAAGUUACUUUGAUGACAAUGUUGGAUUUAAGGGAUCAGAAUGAUGAACUAAAUGCUAAUGUUAUUGGUUUGCGAGACCUAAAUAAUGAACUACUUGGGGAAAAAAUGAUGGUACAGUUAAGAUGUGAAGCGUAUGAAGCGGAAAUGAAAGAAAAGGACAACGAAAUCGACCAAAAAUUGAUGCUGUAUCAAGAAGUUAAGGAACAAGCUGAAGAUUACAAAGCAGCAGUGCAAAAUUUGAAAGAAGAAAAAGCAAAUUUGAUUAACCAGUUUCAUGAGAUGCAACUUGAAGUCUCAGUUUACCACAAGCAUAAUAUACAAGGGGAUAGCCCAGGUAAUGAAAAGAUGAAACGACGGUCCGAAUGUAUGUUUAAUUUGCAGUCUGAGCUGGCUUCUGCUUAUAACAUGGAAGGAGAAUUGAAUUCGAAAUCUGAAAAAGAGAAUUUCAGUUCAUUGAAUAGUUCUAACGUAGAAACACUGGUUGUAAACCAGGAUAAUGAAACACAAACUGAUGGUUUAUUUCUUGUUGAAGUAUCUGUUCAAACUGAUAUAGAAGAUAAUGCGUUGAUGAAACUGACCGAAGAAAUUGAAUCUUUUAAAGUAGAAGUCCUGCAAAAAGAUGGAAAAGUAGAAGAGCUAAUAUCGGAGCUUGAUUUUUAUAAAAGCAAGUCAGCAUACUUGUCUUCACAGAUUGAUCUAAACAGAUCAAGGACACAAGAAUUGAUCGACAUGCAUAAUAAUGAAAUGGAUGGUUUGGCUCAGCUAACGGAUAUGUUUCAUCAUGAAGUUAAAAAUUCAAUCCUAGACACUGAAGAAAACUUAACUACAAAAAUUUUUGAAAAGAAUUUCACCCCGAUUUGGUCUUCGCAAUUGCUAGAUGCACUUGAUUUAGAAAAUUAUGGGGGGGACGGAAAAAUGUCUCCAAAGUCUGGUUUCCAACUUAAUAAUGCGGAAAAUUUGCCAAUUGCUUUUAAAAAGUUGGUUAAAAACUGCAGUGUUUUGGGAAAAUGCAAAGAUUUUGUUCGGCUUGCUAUAAAUAAAAAGAUAGAGACAAUUCAGAACUUGAUUCACAACGAUAUUGAUCACUCUGAUGACUCUGUUGUACAAGAUCUGGUCACAAAGCAUUUCAACUCUGUGGUUGAAUUAACACAUAGAGUAGACUGGUAUUCACACACACUAGGCAAUCUGCAAACCUCAUGCUUAAUGCAACAAACAAUUAAAGAGCUUUUUGUUAAGGAAACUCUAUCUGGCUCGCCACAAAAUUGUAAAAUCUGUGCAAAAGAUUCUAGUCUCAGUAUCACAGAAGAACAAUCCAUCAUUGAAAUUUCUCCACAUCUGCAAUCAUUGCUCCAAAACCCAAAUCGAAGCUCAAAAUUUGCACAAGCUCUUAUACCCAGUAGGUUGAGUGUAUUCAUGCUGUUUGCUUUGCUGACCAUUGCCAAAAUAUGCCAUAAAUAUUUUUCAUCUUUUAGUCGAACUGGUCUUCUGUGUAUAAUUUUUUUCAUGUGUGCAUUGUUCUCUAUUGAUUUGAACGUAGACUACAAAGUGGAUCCUAUAUUUUAAUAUACUAAAAAUUGAAUUGAGAUUACAGAACCGAACUUAUUUAAAAAGCCUCUUUAUAAACUAAUUAUCCCUGCCUUAAAAAGCCUCUUUAUAAACCAAACCUGGGGUGACGCGUUUAAAUUUGUUGAAUUAACAGUGUUCUGUUAUUAAAAAAACUGCCAUUAUAUUUAUUGUUGCCAUACAUAUUAUAUAUGCUGUUGAUUAUUUAAGUUUAUUAAUGUUUUGUUGGUUUAUUUUUCCUCUUACGAAACUUGUUUAUAUUUGCUUAAUUAUAAUGAAAUGUUAAAAUUAUAUUUCUUUGGUUUUCUAAAAAUGUUUUGUUUUUGCAGCAGCAGGGCAGGUUAAACUAUUAAACAACUUUUAAACUGAAA